UAGCGGAGAGCCCGGCCAAUAGUAACGGAUGGUGGGUUCAGCGUCGGUGGAUCGGCUUCGGCGCGGAAGGAUAAAGGGGCGGUGGGGGCUGAAUCGGUACAGCUGAGGCAAGGCGUAGGGGAUGCAGCAGCAGCAGCUCGGAGGCCACGGGUCGCUCAGUGUCUGCGGGGUUCGAACGCAAAGCUGCCAACUUUAGAGCCCUUUCCACGUCCCUGAACCUCCUUGGGCCUCGGUUUACUCAAAUCCCGCAACUUCUCGGAAUCAUCCUUCCUGGGCCUGGGUUGGGGAGAGGCCCCCGUUGCUAUGGCAACGGUUCGCUCCCCUUCCCCCCCCCCACCCCCACCUUGUUAGGCCUAAAAAGCGCUUUUCAGCGUCGGUGAGCGACGAACCGCUUCUUUUAUGGCCUGAUCACGUUUGGCCUUGACUCAGGGUCCUCAUGCUUCUCUUUCGAAGUGGAGGGAAGAAAACCUAAGUGAAACUGUGGAGGUUAAAAUGUCAAAUUAUGUGAUUAGGAAUUUUGAAAAUUGAAUUAGGACAUUUGAAAAAUAAAGUUUCACUACGUUUACACUGGUUAUUUCUGGUCGGGGCUGGGAGUGUGGGAAGAGAGCCGUUAUUUAUUCUCUUCCCCAAAUUACGUUCCGCCCAGACACUACGUGACUGACUCCCAGCAUUCCCUCAGGCGGCUCGAGCCAGCUCAGCCAACAUGGCCGCUCACGCCCGCUGCUUCCAAGAUGGCCGCCGCCGCGUCUGCCGCUUAUCCUCCGGCGGCCCCGCCCCUACCGCUGCCCCGGAAGCGGAAACUCUCAGGAAGCGGACCCGCUGCUUGGAGACGGCGGGAGCACAUUCAGUAUGGCGGCGGGGCCCAUCUCCGAACGGAAUCAAGAUGCCACGGUGUACGUGGGGGGCCUGGACGAGAAGGUCAGCGAGCCGCUGCUCUGGGAGCUCUUUCUGCAGGCGGGGCCCGUUGUCAACACUCACAUGCCCAAGGACCGAGUCACGGGGCAGCACCAAGGCUAUGGGUUUGUGGAAUUCCUCAGCGAGGAGGAUGCGGACUACGCCAUCAAGAUCAUGAACAUGAUCAAACUGUACGGGAAGCCAAUACGAGUAAACAAAGCGUCGGCCCACAACAAGAACCUGGACGUGGGGGCCAACAUUUUCAUAGGCAACCUCGACCCCGAGAUCGACGAGAAGCUGCUCUAUGACACCUUCAGCGCCUUUGGGGUGAUUCUGCAGACGCCCAAGAUCAUGCGGGACCCAGACACGGGCAACUCCAAGGGUUACGCCUUUAUCAAUUUUGCUUCCUUCGAUGCCUCUGAUGCGGCCAUCGAGGCCAUGAACGGGCAGUACCUGUGCAACCGGCCCAUCACCGUAUCCUACGCCUUCAAGAAGGACUCUAAGGGCGAGCGCCACGGCUCCGCUGCCGAGCGCCUCCUGGCCGCCCAGAACCCGCUGUCCCAGGCAGAUCGGCCCCAUCAGCUGUUUGCUGACGCGCCGCCCCCGCCUUCCGCCCCCAAUCCCGUGGUGUCUUCCCUGGGGUCCGGGCUUCCUCCGCCAGGUAUGCCCCCACCAGGCUCAUUCCCACCUCCAGUGCCACCUCCUGGAGCCCUUCCUCCAGGAAUACCCCCAGCCAUGCCUCCCCCUCCCAUGCCUCCUGGGGCUGGAGCCCAUGGCCCGCCAUCAGCAGGAACCCCUGGGGCUGGACAUCCUGGACAUGGACACUCACAUCCCCAUCCAUUCCCACCAGGUGGGAUGCCUCAUCCCGGUAUGUCUCAGAUGCAGCUAGCCCACCAUGGUCCCCAUGGCUUGGGUCACCCCCAUGCAGGGCCCCCAGGCUCAGGGGGACAGCCUCCUCCACGACCACCCCCAGGAAUGCCUCAUCCUGGCCCUCCUCCUAUGGGAAUGCCACCCCGAGGACCCCCUUUUGGAUCUCCCAUGGGUCACCCAGGCCCCAUGCCUCCCCAUGGUAUGCGAGGACCUCCUCCAUUAAUGCCCCCCCACGGAUACAGCGGUCCCCCUCGACCUCCACCUUAUGGAUACCAAAGAGGACCUCUUCCGCCACCCCGACCCUCCCCCCGUCCUCCAGUCCCCCCUCGUGGUCCCCUUCGGGGUCCUCUUCCUCAGUAGAGCCAAAUUUUCCUACAACCUACUGCACUCCUCUGAGACUCUCCCUAUCUUUUGGACCAAUCAGAGGAAUUGUUGCCCCAUGGGCCUCAAGCACCCCUUUCUUCCUCACAUUUGUCCUUUCUUCCAGUGUGAUUUUUUUUCCUCACUGGAUUUUUUUCUAUGUUGGGCUCCACUUCUUCCCCAGAUAUUGACAGUGAAUAAAGCUGGAUCCCUUGUUUA